AUGCAGCUCAAGAACUCGAUCAAAUCGAGAGCUUCAACGCGAGCUUCGUUGUUGGCAGCGUUACUGUCUUUGCUCGUGCUAGCCGCUGUAGAUGAAGCUCGUGCAUUAAACCUGGUAGCCCACAUCUCACAGAGAGGCUUACAUGGUGAGAUUUCCUUCUCUCAGCACAACGAGCGCCAAGUACUGAUUGUUUCGGAACUCGAGACAACACUUCAAUAUCCGGAACAGGCGUGGAGCUGGGGUGUCUAUCAGCUUCCGAUCGACUACACGAUCGUCGAUCCGCAAGAGCGUUGCCAAAUAGCGCGACUAGGCGAGCAGCUGUGGUCUUUCGACGAUGAUUUGGGCUAUCUGAUGCUACCGGGCAAUGAAUCGACGACCUGGUUAAACGAUAUCUCACUCACCGGCGAAAAAGGCUUGUGGGGGAAAUCUCUCGUUCUGUACGAUCCGAGCGCGAACGUACGAAUCUGUGCAACGAUCGUAACGCGCGAUGGAUCACAGGAUCAUCUGGCGGAGGCACGCUUCUCCAGCCCCAUCACCGGUUCGAUCUAUUUCCGCUGGUUGGCUGCGAAGGAGUCGAACCACUCCGACACCCUGAUCCACUCGAACCUGUACCACAUACGGGAUCAGUCGCGCAAGAUGGGCAACCCGGCGUACACCGAGCAUGUGUGGAAAAUUUACGUGACGGAUAUCUUCGAAAGUGAGGCACAGAAUGCGGAAGAAAACUGCAACAAACUGCAGCUGGUGUUUGAUCCACAGAAUCGUGGUGCUGGCAAUGCUAUCGGCGACAUUGAUGGUCGGGUAGGUGCGCUACGCAUUACGACGAAUGCACGGCAGAAUCAGUAUCCGCAACUAUUUCACGAUCAUCAGCUUGUGCUGCUGCCUAGCGAUCUUUACGGUCCGUCGCGCAAGUUGUACGUGGUUGUGUUUGAUCCAAACCAUCCGGAUACGUUCCUGGCAUGUGCUAAGAUUCGUCACCAGAAACCGAAAACUGCCCGUGUACUUGUUGAUGGUGGUGGAAUGCGGGGAGAUAUGCGCUUUACACAACGAUCACGCUUCGAACCAACCUGGAUACAGGCCAAUUUCGGUGCGACUGGUAAUGAGUCCGAUGCUAACAUUAACUACGCUAAAGAUGUGUCCAGCUUCCGUAUCAAUCAGCUCCCGCUGGAGGCGUACGCUAGUCCGGAGGAACGUUACUGUUUGACCGGUGGAGGCACGUUCAAUCCUAUGGGAAUCGCAGAUAAAGAUAUUCCCCCAGCAGGGUAUGGUACGCAGGAUCAGUAUCCGGUGGGUGCUCUGAGCGGGAAGCUGUUGAACCGAAACAAGAAAGAGUCCCACACGUUUUAUCUUCCUGGUUCGAGUGCGGAACUGUCUGGAACGUACUGGGACACGUUUCUACCACUGCAAGGACCGAAUGCGAUCAUAUUCCGUAGCUUCUCGGUGCAGCGAUACAAUCGUACAGAGCCUACAAACAUUACCGAAGCACCAUGGGCCUGUGGUACUGUUGCACUGUACGAAUUUAACCGCCCGUAUCAAGUGCCAAUCCUAACGGCACAGGUCCUGUUUCGCUACCCUAUCGUAGGCCGCAUACUGUUCCGUCAAGCGAAGGAUGAGUACUGGACAGAAACGGCAGUCAUCUUCGAAUAUUUGAUCCAUGCGGAUGGGUCAAAGGUGAACCGGACUGCCGAUCACCGAUGGGCGAUUGCGGAUGAAGCUCCGGGAAAGGAUUUCUACGACUGGCAGAACCGGUGCGUUAGUGCUGGAGAUGUUUAUAAUCCCUUUAAAGCGGCUCCAUUAAUGGGAAAAGGUUGGGAUGAAGUGUGUACCAGUUCUUCGGUGGAUCUGUGCCGGGUUGGUGAUCUUUCGAACAGAUUGGGAACCUUGGCAAUAGCGGGACACAAGCGCGAGGCAGCAAAAAUUAGUAGAAAAAUGUUUAUCGAUUUGAAUCUGCCGUUAAGUGGGCCGGCUGCCAUUGUUGGCCGUUCAGUAGUGAUAUAUGACGAUAAUGGACCCAAAGCACGAGGUGAACGACUAGCGUGUUCGGUCAUUGGAGGGUAUCAUCGUCGAAAGGUGGUAGCAAGAGAUUGGUAUUCAAACGGUGAUCCCCUGACUAUCAAAGGCAAACUGGAAAUGGUGCAACAGUCAGAGUAUGAUCUUACAAACGCAGAAGUAGACUUUAAAGGACUGGAUAAAAACAGUGGCUAUCAUGUGCAUAUAGCUCCAGUAGAGGGUGAUCUGGAGUUCCCAUGUGAAGACUCCACCGUAUACGGACACUGGAACCCGAGGAACGUUGAGCCAAAGCAAUCACCUCCGCCUGCAUUGGGCAGUACCGAUGAGUACGAACUGGGCGAUCUUAGUGGAAAGUUUGGAACUCUCGAUGGAGUGACAAUGUUCGAGCAGACGUACAAUGACACCCGGUUACCGUUGUUUGGAUACGAGAGUAUUAUUGGUCGAUCGAUUGUGGUACACAAAAAGGAGAAGAAUCGCCGAUGGGCCUGCAGUACCCUGGAGCGUGGCUAUAGCCCUAAUGAGGCUCGUGAGAUAAGGGCCAUAGCAUCGUUCCACCAUCCGACAGGAUAUGCUUACGGUUACAUUCGUCUGACGCAGCUGAUCGGUAAUGAUAACAGCCAGAGCGAUACGAUCAUUGAGGUGAAGUUACGCUACCCUGGAAAACAUGAUCGUAAUGUGACGCACAAUCACAACUGGAACGUUUGGGUUAAUCCGGUCGGUGUUGAUGCGACCGUCAAGCAGGUGGAAACGCGUUGCGUUGCUGCGGGAUACGUGUGGAAUCCUUACUACACACAGUUGGCGGAUCCACUAAAUCAAGAGCUGUACAAGCAAGAAUGUGGUCCGGACAAUCCCCUGCGCUGCUACGUAGGUGAUGUAUCGGCCCGUCUUGGACCGAUCUCCAUCGGUAGCCGCCGGCAGGUUUUUACCGACAGUAACUUCCCACUGGAAGGAACCGUCAGCGCGCUGGGACGUUCGAUCGUAAUCUUUGGGGCUGACUUUUCUGGCUUUCGGUUCGCGUGUGCAAACAUCGAGCCCGAUCACGACAUUGUGAAGUAUAUUAACCUCAAGAAACCGCCCCGCUUUGUGGUGGCACAGUUUCUCGAGGAUGUGCGGCACGUGAUGGGGCUGCCCGAAUGGAUGCUGGCGAUCGAUUCGCGCAGCACCAAAACGCUACAUAACGAUGCCUGCAUACAGAUGAUCGUACACUUCAAAGGUCCGAGUGCACACAAAAUAGAGCAAGACUUUUCGCGACUACUAGCGGUCGGUCGGCUCGACUCACCGAGCAUCUACAUUCCCGGGUACGAUAAUAGCAAGCGCAAGCGAACACUGUCCUACCGAACGUGUGGUGUACGCGAUCCGACCGAAAAGAGUGUUAAGGUGCUGUUUGGCAGCAGCGAUUCGAGGCGUAAUUUACCGACAGUGUGGGUAGUUGUGACGCUAGUGUUACCAUUUGUGAGAUUAUUUACUCGAUGUAUGCUUUAGUUGCUUUAGAUCUCCUUAGGAUGUACAUGUUC